UUGCGCAGCUUUUUAUACCAUAAGAUAUCUGUAUUCCGGAUCUGUAUUCCCGAUCAGAAUCGUGUAUUCCGGUGUAACUGGUAUCUGAUAGCCUUCAGCUUUUGGGAAUAAGACGAUCCCUUUUUCCAACGGAUGUUUGACCUUCUGUUAUAAAACUGUCCAACCUCGACGAAAAGGACCGGAAGCAAGCCAGCAUGCCGGAGCCUGUGAAUCACCAGGUAAAUGCUGCUCGUAAGACAUUCCAAACUCUCUAUCAGAUCUCCAAGCUGCUGAACACGAAUCUUGAUCCAACUACCUUGAGCAUCUGCGUCAGGCUAUGUGAGAACGGGGUAAAUCCACAUGCUCUUGCAACUGUGGUAAAGGAACUUCAGCGAGAGGUCAAGGCAAUGAACGACGGACAACUGGAGUCUUCCACCAGCAAGACUAACACGACCAAGUGAAUACAAAUUAAUAUGAUGCUAUUGUUACCUUCCCAUACCCUUUACAGAAUUUAUCUUGCGUUAUUCAAAAAAUGUUCUCAAAUAUAGAUAGUAUACACAAGAUAUUUGAUUUAUUACAUGAAU